AUGUCGCAACCCAGCCUCUCCGCAGCGGAGCGUCUUGCCGCGCUCAAACCCGCUCCCCCACCAGUGCCGGCCUACCUCCCAAAAGCCGGGUCGCCUUUGGUAGUCGACAAGGACCUCUACAACACCAUUGCAUCCGCCCCUCGGGUUCUCACAGAAGAAUUUACCCUUCCUAUCCGCUCCGGCCAGGCCUGGACCGCCAAGGCUGGCUCCAUUGUCCGCAUCAGCACGCCCGAAGGACCUCAGCGCUUCUGGGCCUCCCGCACCCGUCAGCUUCACUCCACUCACCUUACAACCUACGAUCGUCUGUGGUCCACGCUGCCCUACAUGCGUCCACUGCUGACCAUCAUCUCCGACUCGCUCGCCUGGCACGGCAGAGAUGCCCACGGCGGUCGAGUGCAUGAUCUCCUCGGCACCCGAUGUGACCCGUAUAUCAAUUCAGUCCUCACCGGCGGUACCGACUCUUACGACUUCCACUGCCACUCCAACCUUGUCCGGGCUGUGGCACCCCACGGUCUGCAAGAGCGGGACGUCCAUGAUGUGAUUAACCUAUUCCAGGUAACAGGGCUCGACGAACAAGGGCGGUACUUCAUGAACCCCUGCCCGGCGGAGAAGGGCGACUCAAUCGAAUUCUUGGCCGAGGUUGACGUGCUCAUGGCCAUGAGCACCUGUCCCGGCGGUGAUCUAUCGCUGUGGGGAUUCGGCGCCGACAGCGAGAAGGAGAUGAUCAAGUGCUGUAGGCCACUCAAGGUCGAGGUGUUCAAACUGGAAGAUGAGGGCCUGCUUGAUAGACAGGGGUGGAAGCCAGCCGAGGUAUCCCCUUACAAGGGCAACCACGGCAUGACAGUUCCGCAGGGGGAGGGCCUCGGACCCGUGUCUCGAUAG